AUGUAUGCUGUGACUAUUAGUGAUGAGGGUGACUGUUACCGGUGUUUUCCGCCUGUCUCGGGCAUUGAGGCUGCUGCUCUAGGUGCUGGUGAGGCUGCUCCUCUAGGUGCCAUUGAGUCUGCUGCCCCAGGUACAGGUGAGUCUGCGCUCUCAGGUACCGCGUCGGCUCCGGCCACCCACACCUUCACCCUUGACUCGGGUGCUUCCCGCUCCUUCUUUCGAGACCGCACCACGCUCACGCCGCUUCGCCGGCCAGUGGCAGUCUCCCUGGCAGACCCCUCUGGGGGUCCUGUCCUUGCCCACUUCUCCACUGUCCUACCGUGUCCAGCGGCCCCUUCUGGCACCCUGGGUUCACCAGUUCACUCCUUCGAGUCGGCGAGUGACUCGCUGUACCUGUGCUCGGACGGGCCGUCACUUGGCCACGUUUACCCGUCAGCCGGGGCGAGCCUGUACACACUGACUACUGAGUCUCCUCCGAACGCUGAGUCUGCUCAGGUAGCCGCGUCGGGUCAGGUGUUUGCUGCGGCGUCCAGGUCUGGUCCUGAGUCUUCCCCCUCCUCAUGUCGUCUCCUGUCUCACCAGACUCUCCUCUGGCACCACCUCCUUGGUCACCCAUCCCUGCCUCACUUUCGAGGCAUGGCCUCCUGUGUCCUUGUCUCUGGUCUCCCCCGUUCCCUCCCUCCCCUUCCUCCGGGGCCUGCCCCCACCUGCGUUCCCUGCGUCGAGGGGCGGCAGCGCGCUGCUCCUCACUCCUCCGAGUUUCCUCCGAUAGAGGCUCCGCUGCAGAUGCUUCACAUGGACGUGUGGGGCCCAGCCCGCGUCCGUGGAUAUGGUCACGAGCGUUACUUCCUGCUGGUGGUUGAUGACUACUCGCGUUACACCGCAGUCUUCCCCUUGCGCAGCAAGGGUGAGGUCAUUGAGGUGUUGAUCGCCUGGAUCCGCUUAGCUCGUCUCCAGCUCAGAGAGAGUUUUGGCUCGGACUUUCUUGUUCUGCGUCUGCACUCUGACAGAGGCGGAGAGUUCUCCUCUGACCUUCUGCGAGCCUUCUGUCGUGCACGAGGCAUCCGCCAGACCUUCACGCUUCCGGACUCUCCGCAGCAAAAUGGGAUUGCUGAGCGCCGCAUUGGCAUGGUCAUGGACGUCGCUCGUACGUCCAUGGUCAAUGCGGCUGCCCCCCAUUUUCUGUGGCCGUUUGCGGUUCGGGCGUUUGUCCGCGACUUGUCUGCGGACAAGCUGUCCCCUCGUGCUGUUCCCUGUGUCUUCCUUGGCUCCCCCCCUAACGCGCCGGGCUGGCAGAUCUACCACCCCACCUCGCGCCGUGUUCUGUCCUCCCAGGACGUCACGUUUGACGAGUCGGUUCCCUACUACCGUCUCUUCCCCUACCGCACUGCGUCCCUCCCCCCGCCGCCGUUCUUCCUUACGCCAGGUCCCCCUCCGGUAGACCCCCUCCCCCCUCAGGGUCCUGCCCCCUCAGGUGUGUCUCAGGUAGACGCAGUCGACCCUAUCGAGGUAGCUGUUGACUCUGGUGUUGCUAGGGGUGCUGAGCCUUCGGGUGCUGGGUCUGGUGGUGCUGACUCUGGGGGUGCUGAGCGUAGGGGUGCUGACUCUAGGGGUGCUGAGCCUGGGGGUGCUGACUCUGGGGGUGCUGCGCCUGGGGGUGCUGAGCGUGGGGGUGCUAUGCCUGGGGGUUCUGAGCCUGGGGGUGCUGCGUCUAGGGGUGCGGAGUCUGAGGGUACUGGACCUGCUCGUGUGGCGUCUGGCGGUGGUGGGCCUGGAGGUUCUUCGGGUGCUUCGUCCCGAGCUGGAGGUACUGCGGGCGCUGGAGGUUCUACUGCUGUUGAGGGUGGUGGUGCCGCAGGUCCCGGAGGUGCUCGUACUAGGAGUACUGGAGCUGCUAGGCCUGCGGGUGUGUCUAGUGCUGUAGCUGGUGGACCUACUGCGUCUUCUGGUGGUCCGGUUGGAGCUGUUGUUGCUGGGGGUGUUGGCGUUGAGGGUGCUUCUGGUGCUGGUGCCCCUGAGGGUGCUGGCGUUGGCACUCCUGGAGCUGGGGGUGCUGCUGGCGCUGGUGCUGUCCCUUCUAGUGGUGGUGCUUCUGAGGGUGCUGGCGUUGGUGCUGCUGGCGCAGGUGCUGCCGUUCAUGGUGCUGGCGCUGUUCCUGCUGGUUCUGGGGGUGCUGCACGGCCGCGGCCGAAAUUCGUUCCGCUCCUUGAGCAGCCUGCGUCUCGUCCUGCGUUGCCUGUCCGUGCUGCUCGCACUGGUGGUCGUGGUUCGCGUCAACGUCCUUCCCCCGUCCCCGGCACGCACCGGAUGUCUCUGCGUCCGUCCACAGCUCCUCUCCGUGCCCCUUUGCCUUCUCCGCCUGAGUCCUCUCUUCCUGCUCUUCCUGACCCGGAGUCAGACUCCCUUCGUGCUGCCAGUCCUAGUGUCACGCGUCUCCUUGCUACUAUCAUCACUGACCCUUCCUUUGAGUCCACUGCGGCGUCUGCUCUAGUUGCUGAGCUUGUCGACUUCGCUGCUCGCUGUCGUCUAGACUACGCUGCUAGUCUGGUUACUGAGUCUGCGUCUGUCUGUCCUCCGUCCGACGGGGACAUCCCGAAUCCGCGCUCUUACGCGGAGGCGAUAGAGGGUCCCUACACCUCUAAGUGGCAGGCAGCCAUGGACGCAGAGAUGGCUUCCUGGAAGUCCACAGGCACCUACGUUGACGAGGUUCCCCCUCCUGGGGCGAACAUCGUCAGUGGCAUGUGGAUUUUCAGGGUGAAGCGGCCGCCGGGUUCUCCGUCUGUCUUCAAGGCGCGUUACGUGGCUCGUGGCUUCAGUCAGCGGCAGGGAGUUGACUACUUCCAGAACUUCUCUCCCACCCUGAAGAUGACCACUCUUCGGGUACUGCUGCACAUAGCCACUCACUGUGAUUACAAGCUUCACUCUCUUGACUUCAGCACGGCUUUAUUGCAGGGCAGCCUGCACGAGGAGAUCUGGCUGCGCCGCCCACCUGGCUUCACUGGGACUUUUCCACUUAGCACCCAGUGGAGCCUCCGGCGGCCAGUCUACGGUCUUCGCCAGGCACCUCGUGAGUGGCACGACACACUGAGGACUACACUUGCGGCUCUUGGGUUUGCUCCUUCUACUGCCGACCCGUCGCUGUUUCUACGCACCGACACCUCUUUGCCGCCGUUCUACAUCCUCGUGUACGUCGACGACUUGGUCUUUGCCACAGCUGACACUACUGGACUCGCCUACGUGAAGUCCGAGCUGCAGAAGAGACACAUGUGCACAGACCUAGGUGAACUGUGCAGCUACCUUGGCUUGCAGAUGAACCGGGACAGAGCACAGCGCACCAUUACCCUGACUCAGUCACACAUGGUGCAGCAGGUCCUUCAGCGCUUCGGCUUCAUGUACUCCUCGCCUCAGGCCACUCCUCUGUCUACUCGCCACUCGCUCUCAUCUCUGCCUUUGGAUGAGUCCGUAGAGUCGAGUGGCCCGUACCCAGAGCUUACCAGAGCACAUGGCUGCAGCGAAGAGGGUGUUGCGCUACUUGUGCAGUACGUCGGGCAUGAGGCUAGUGCUUGGAGGGCGGAGUCCAGUGGUCCUCACUGGUCACGCAGACGCUUCUUGGGCUGA